CACCAUCAGCCGGUGGAUCCAAAAUCAACAAUUAGAAUUUAAAACCUGAAUAAUUGCAAAUAUAUCAAUUAAAAGGUUAAACAAACAGAAAGCAACACACAGCUAAACCCCGCCACAAUGCCUUCCUACGAGCUAGCACUGGUGCUGCGUCAGCUGCCGCGCCCCGAACUGAUAUCCGUGAUACGUCGCACCGCCGAAGCUAUAUUGGACAAGGGCGGCAUCAUUCGGAAGCUGGAGAACCUCGGCACGCGGGCGCUGCCCCACAAAGUCAGCGAGCACGGGGUGGUGCACCGCGUGGGCACCCACUUCACCAUCGCCUUCGACACGGCGCCCACACAGAUCUCGGACCUCAAGGAGGAGUUUGGCCGCGACAUAGACAUUGUGCGGCGGUACAUCUUCAAGGUGGAGGAGCCCGAGGAGCACAAGUGCACGCUGCACGAGGAAAUGCUGCCGCCCGCCUACCGCAAGGACGUGCAGGAGCUGAUAGCGACGGCCCAGCGGAAGCAGAAGCCAAAAUACAACUACAACUCGGGACUGGACUACUAUCCGUUCCAGAAGUAGAGCGACAAGUCGAAUAAAAAUCUGUUAAUUGUACAA